AUGCGAUUUGCACUACUAACAUAUGUUGCUAACCUUUUGACAAAUGCAGGUCUUAUGGGUUUAAUCUACACAAAACUGGAGUACGCCAACUUUUUGGACUGCGACCCCUACUUCGAUAGAUACACGACCCACUCCCCCAACAACAAAACAUUUGUGACAGUAACUGCAACGCAUGCACAUAUAAGAAAGGAGGCAGUCCCUCAUCUCUCUUACCAGAUUAUCGCCCUGGCUUCCUUGCUGGCAGCUGCAAGUGCAAAGCCAGGCCUCUCUCAGAGCUAUCAGGCUCCAGGAUCUUCCUUCGGUGGUUCUGCAGGAGACGCUAGUUUCCUCCGACCUGCUGCAGGGCCUACCAUCAACUUCGGAGGGGCUGCUUCUGGUGGAGCCUACAACCCACCUGUCGCUUCUACUCGCCCGCAGUAUAACUUCAACUAUGCCGUCAACGAUGCUUUUGGUAACGAUUUCGGCCACCAAGAGGGGCGCGACGGAUACAACACUCAGGGAUCCUACUACGUGCAGCUUCCCGAUGGUCGUCUGCAGAGGGUUAUUUACACCGUCAACGGCGACCAAGGAUACGUUGCUCAAGUGACGUACGAGGGAGUAGCUCAGUACCCUGCCUUCCAGCCGUCUGCCUCCUACUCGCCCGCACCCUCUUAUGGUUAAGGUCUGCA